UUUAAUACACUUUACGCAUGUUAUAAUAUCAUAUAAUUUGCGCAACUAUCACGGAAAUACAAAAAUAUUUUAUAAAUGGUUUACAGAUAUUAUGCUGCACACGUAGCUCCGCCCUCUAAUUGCUGUCCAGUGCUGCUGUCUAUGUUGCCAAGUGCUCGGAAUUUAAAUCGACAUUAGGGUCCUAAUUUUCUGAUUUUAUUUAUUCCUUAACGUCAUCUUUAACCAUACAUCUGUGUUAAAGGUUUAUGUUUCUUAUAACGAAGAGGUGUAAAACUGAACGUUUUACGUUUACGUAAAGGUGUGACUUGAACACCUUUUAUUUACGUCUUGGUAGCCUGUUUGAAACAGAUCUGGCAACCCUGGCAGCUUUAACCCCGCAACAACGUUCAUUCAUUGAUUAGUUGGAAAGGCUGCGCUUGCCAUCUGAAGGUUGCCGGAUGUAGUUGAAGGACCUGUCCUAUGGUCCCCCCACAACCCUCCUCUCAUAUUCCAGGCCCUGCAUGGCUUCACCUGACCGCAUCUCUCCUCCCGUCACGUAGCCCUGAUCCGACAGCCCCUCAUGCUUUGGACAAGGGUAGCUCACAGACUGCCUCAUGACUGCCUGGAUCGUUCUGCCAGUCAGCCUGUCGGCGUUCUCCAUCACAGGGAUAUGGAUAGUGUAUGCCAUGGCAGUGAUGAACCAUCAUGUGUGUCCAGUCGAAAACUGGUCUUAUAAUGUGACUUGUAAUGAGGAAACUGCCAAGAGGGGCUUCCCCAAGACCUGCUGUACUCUACAGGACAUCCCUCUCAUCAGUAAAUGCGGCUGUUACCCGCCUGAAAGCUGUCUGUUCAGUCUGAUAGGCAACGUCGGGGCCUUUAUGGUGGUGAUGAUUUGCAUGUUGCGUUACGCUCAUGUGAUCGAACACAGCCAUCACUGCUGGGUCAACACGAGUGCCCUGGUGUCAGGGUGCAUUAAUGCUCUGGGCCUCGUCAUGGUGGGCAACUUCCAGGUGGAUCAUGCGAAGACUCUGCACUAUGUAGGAGCGGGUGUUGCAUUUCCUGCAGGUCUGCUGUUUGUGUGUCUGCAGUGUGUCCUCACCUACCGCAUGGCAGAGACAGCACUGGACUUCUGGAUGGCCCACGUGCGCGUGGCUCUGUCAGCCGGAGCACUGAUUUCUCUCAUUCUCAGUGGCAUCUUCUUCAUACAUGAGAGCUUCGUGUUGCAGCACGCUGCCGCCAUCUGCGAGUGGAUCUUCACCGUCCUCGUCCUGGUCUAUUACGGAACCUUCACCUAUGAGUUUGGCAGCGUCAGCAGCGACACCAUGAUGGCCGCCCUCGUCAACGGCAGGCCACACGACACCUCUGGCUCAGGAGUCAUCAUGGGUGGCAUAGGGAAGAGCGUGCCCAUGGGCUGCGGUGCCCGCAGCAUAAAGUCACCCGGAGGAAGCAGCACCUCCACACACCUCAACUGCACCCCGGAGAGCGUGGCCAUGUUAUAGUGAACGGAGCGGAGGUUAGGGCUCAGGUAAAUCACGGAUCUCAAUCCUACCGAUCCGUGAGGUGCUGGAAGAGAGCAAUAGAUCAAGUGUAGAGUUCUAAAAGUUCUAAAGCUAUGUAUGAGUAAUAUACUUCCUUGAAAGCAGCUUUCUGACCCUUAAUAUAUAUAUAUAUAUAUAUUAACGCUGGCAAUAACGCCUAAAUAAUGACAGAGAAAAGUUACGGUCCUUUCUAGUUAACAUUAGCUGUAUAGAAUAGUUAAACAAAUUUACAUUCAUUCACAUUCAUAACGCCUGGACCAAAACCUUAAGAUUUAUAGAGUGUUAGAAAUUUAAAGAACCCUCAGAUUUUACAGUGAUAAACAAAAAACUUUGUCAUUAGAGUAUGUGCUGGGUAUUGUGGCACGGAAAAACUCCCACCAUCUAUGAUUAUAAAUCAUUUUCCUUCUGUGACUGUGUAAUAUAUGGUCAAAAACCAGCAAAUUCAUUACCGAGUCAACUCUUCCGAGGCGGAUUUACACUGUACGGUUUUCCACCCAGGUUUUUUUUGUUGUGAGUUGAGAACGUGCUCGACAGCAGAUUUAGUACCAUUUAUGUCAUGUUAUCAAAUUAAAAUCUUGAUGUGAGUCGAGCUACCAUGCUGAUCGAAUAUCAACCAACAGGAAGAUGGUGCGAGGUUACACCAUACUCCUGGGACAGCUACGGGUAUGUUAGUGGUGGUGAUGAAGCGGAAACAAAAGACGUCUCCUUAUCAUCUAAAGCAGAUCUGGGAUCAGAUCUAAAGCAGAUCAUAUAUAUAUAUAUAUAUAUAUAUAUAUAUAUAUAUGUAUAUAUAUAUAUAUAUACAUAUAUAUAUGGCCCUUUUGGAAAGAUAAUUGCCUACCCCUGGUGGCGAUUAUUAUGGAGAAUUUUUUCACACAGAUGGUUACAGAAUUCGGUUUUAUUUGGAUUUUGUAGUUUCAUGAGACAACAAGACGGCUGAAAUCGCACCAUGUGAAGCCGGCUUUAGUCCAGAGCUGAUUUUGAAGAACAGAUGUGCUGUUUUUUCUUCCACAAGACAAACAGAUCCCAACAGAUUCUCGUUCGGAAAGUUCAUCUGUCGAAUCAACCGAGUCGUUUGGCACAGCGAUAAGUUUUUCAACAACAGACAACACGAUUCAGAUUCAGCGACCACUGUGGACGAUGCGGUGGUCAGUACGUUCGUGUUAAACUUAAGGUGACUCAGAUAGAAAAGCCAUCAAGCAACCUUUUCAUCAUCACGAGGAAGGGCGGCAAUGAAAAACAGAAAUACUUAUUGUUUAUUUAUCAAAAGUUCCCGCUUUAUUUUACUACGUGCAUUUCGUUGCGCUCAGGAGCGUUGUGCCGAAACGCAAGUUCUGUACAACAUGCUCGUUCAGCCAUGUUUCAAAUGGGAAUAUUUUCUAAAAUUUUCCAGUUCCUCGAUUGUACGGCAUGCAUUCCUGUGCCACUUUCCAGCAAGCUGUAUAUAGUAGAUUCUUUGUUCAAGAAGCAAAAAAACAGACGCUACGUACACCGUAAACUCCACCUACGGCGAACGAAAACAGAAAAGAUCUACGGAAGAGAGAAAUUAAAUGAAAAACGAAAGAAAGAAAGUCAUCACGGUGCCACGCUUUCUGUCAGAGCCAAACAUUGACGCGUACCGUUUACAUGCUGCUAAUCCGAUCGCUUUUUUCACCUCAAAGCGGAAUUUAAAAAGCAUUUCUAAACGACUAUUUUUUAUGUUCUACACAUAAGAUACACUAUAUUUCUUUUAAUUUGUUAGCAAUAAAUAUAUUUUACUACCUGGUGCUAAGACGAGGUAGAGGCGGUCAUUCGUGACGGUC